AUGGAGUACUGGAACAGCUUCCAGGCCGAGGCGAACAAGCUCGCCGACCAGGCGAAUGCGCGCUACGAAACCGCCGUCGCCGGCAAGAAGCUGCUCGACGACGGCGGCCCGCCCAUGGAGCAGAAGCUCGUCGCCAAGGCCGCGGCGCGGCGCUGCGUGCAGAGCGCCGUCGUCGCCACGUCCCAGAUCGACGACGUCAUCGGCCAGUACACGGAGCUCCUCAAGGAGCUCAACGUCUGCGCGACGAACACGGCCAUGACCGCCGUGGAGCGCGCGGAGUUCGCGGCGCUGCGGACUUCGUACGUCGACGCUUUGUCGUCGUUCCAGCACGCGCGCGCGGCGCUCUCGCAAUGCCCGCCGCCGGGCAUCUUGUCCAUCUCGCCGCAGGAGGACGACGCCAUCUCCAUCUUAUGGGCCCAGGGCAAGGCGCAGACCGCGUUGGAGCACGCGAAGCAGGUCAGCGACGAGGCCGUGUCCGCCAUGCCCGUCGCGACGCCCGUCGCGACGCCCGUGGCGAAGCCCGGCGAGGACGAGCGGGAGGUCUAA